AUGGAGGUUUAUCUAUUGAAGCAUCGUGGUCCUGAUUGGAGUGGUCUUUACCAGCAUGGAGAUUGUUUCUUGGCUCAUCAGAGGCUGGCAAUCAUUGACCCUGCUUCUGGGGAUCAACCUCUGUACAAUGAAGACAAGUCAAUUGUUGUCACGGUGAAUGGAGAGAUUUACAACCAUGAAGAGUUGAGGAAGCGUCUGCCGAAUCACAAGUUCAGAACUGGCAGUGAUUGUGAUGUCAUUGCUCAUCUGUAUGAAGAGUAUGGGGAGAAUUUUGUGGAUAUGCUGGAUGGAAUGUUUUCUUUUGUGCUACUGGAUACCCGCGACAACAGCUUCAUCGUUGCUCGCGAUGCGAUCGGGAUCACUUCCCUCUACAUCGGCUGGAGUCUUGAUGGCUCAGUUUGGAUAGCAUCAGAACUGAAAGGAUUGAACGAUGAUUGUGAACACUUUGAGAGCUUCCCGCCCGGUCAUCUGUACUCAAGCAAAGAAGGUGCACUCAAGAGAUGGUACAAUCCUACUUGGUUCUCAGAGGCCAUUCCGUCUGCGCCAUAUGAUCCGCUUGCUCUCAGAAGUGCCUUCGAAACUGCUGUGAUCAAAAGGCUAAUGACUGAUGUACCUUUUGGAGUUCUUCUCUCUGGAGGCCUAGAUUCAUCUUUGGUCGCCUCUAUCACGGCUCGCCACUUGGCGGGCACGAAGGCGGCCAAGCAAUGGGGAGCACAGCUCCAUUCGUUCUGUGUUGGACUAGAGGGUUCGCCUGAUUUGAAGGCUGCAAAAGAAGUUGCAGACUAUUUGGGAACCGUUCACCACGAGUUUCAUUUCACUGUUCAGGACGGUAUUGAUGCAAUAGAGGAUGUUAUUUACCACAUUGAAACUUAUGAUGUUACGACUAUUCGAGCUAGCACCCCUAUGUUUCUUAUGUCCCGUAAGAUUAAGUCUUUGGGGGUUAAGAUGGUGAUUUCUGGUGAGGGAUCCGAUGAGAUUUUUGGUGGAUACUUGUACUUCCACAAGGCACCCAACAAGGAAGAGUUUCACCGCGAAACUUGCAGAAAGAUUAAGGCACUGCACCAGUAUGAUUGCCUCAGGGCAAACAAAUCAACAUCUGCUUGGGGAUUAGAAGCUCGUGUCCCUUUCCUGGACAAAGACUUCAUCAACGUUGCAAUGGCUAUUGAUCCUGAGUUUAAACUGAUCAAAAAGGACCAAGGAAGAAUUGAGAAAUGGGUCCUCCGGAAGGCCUUCGAUGAUGAGGAGCAUCCUUAUCUGCCAAAGCACAUUCUGUACAGGCAGAAAGAACAGUUCAGUGAUGGUGUCGGCUAUAGUUGGAUUGAUGGCCUGAAAUCCCAUGCUGCUCUCCAUGUGACUGAUAAGAUGAUGCUGAAUGCUGCACGAAUCUUCCCGCACAACACUCCCACUACAAAGGAAGCCUACUACUACCGAAUGAUUUUCGAGAGGUUCUUCCCACAGAACUCAGCCCGGAACACAGUACCUGGGGGACCAAGUGUGGCCUGCAGCACAGCCACAGCUGUGGCUUGGGAUGCUGAAUGGUCCAAAAAUCUUGACCCAUCUGGUAGGGCUAUAUUUGAAGUGCAUCAACAAGCUUAUGACAAGCAGGCUGCACCUGUGACUAGCAGCAUUGUGCCUCCGGAGAUCAUCGACAAUGUACCUCAGAUGAAAGUGAGCACUCCCGGGGUCGCGAUUCUCAGCUAA